AAAUUCUCAUCUUUAGCAAAACAAUCUUUCUUCAUACAUAGUGCAUAGGUAAUACCGCUACAGGCGUCGAUCAAGCCAUCUACCUGUGGCCAAGUGCCAACCUUUUCUUUGUCUCAAUCAUGGCCCCGGCAGCUGGAGCGCAAGGGGUGGAGGCUGGUGAUGAAUGGAUCAAAGUUCGCCGCAAAGGACGCCGCAUAAAAUCCCAUCACCCUGUACUUCCGCCAUCUAAUACCAGCAACAGCGGCCCUAAGCAACGCCCGUCAUCCCUGUCUGUUUCUGACGUCGAGAGGGAACAUCGGCAUAUUAGGGAUCAGUGGAGAGCAUCAACCGGCUGCCGUCGACUGCGGGAUGUUGUCGCGUCUUGCGAUUGCGGCUCUGCUAUUACCGACGCAAUAUGCUUCGGCCUAGGGUCUUUCGAUCCCGAAGAUGGCUCCUGGGAGAACAAACGACGGGCUCAUAUACAAUUAUCCGCUUUCUUAUACAUGGUUGAGCAAUUGCAAUGCGACAAGAGGGUCCCGAUCCGCUGUCUAUUCCAAGAACCAAUUUUCAACUCCGUGGAUGAAGCGUUCAUUCGUAGUCUAGGCUACGAGGUCGUCUAUUCGCCGAAUGGGUUCGAACAAGUUAGCACGUCGACGCUGGUGUUCGGUAUUCAUCUAUAUAGAGAUAUAUAUGCGCACGCUCUUGCUAACAAUUUGCCUGCCGUGUUUGUUGGGACUCCUCGGGAGGUCUGGGAAGAAUGCCGCGCCUCCGAUAUUCCAGAUUGGGACCGAUUAAAGGAGCUGGAUGACCGAUGCGAUAAAGUUGAGUUUCCCGAAGAUUCAGGCUACACAACAUUUUCGAGUACUGUCAUCCACUGGAGACGACAAAGUGGUACAUGAUAUACCCUAUAAAUUAUGGUUAGGUACCUACCUAGAUACCUACUGUUCCAAUCCCAAUUCGAGAAUACCGCACCCAAAACGU